UCUCUCUCUUUCUCCUCCGGCAGACAAGACUGAAACGAGCGAGGAUGGCGGCUCCGAAGGCGGCGGCCUCGCUCUUGCGCAAAGUGCUGAUCAGCGACAGCCUGGACCCUUGCUGCAAGCAGAUCCUGCAAGCGGCCGGCAUCUGCGCCCUGGAGAAGGCCGGCCUCAGCAAGGAGCAGCUGCUGGCCGAGAUCAAGGACUAUGAUGGGCUGAUUGUACGCUCAGCAACCAAAGUGACUGCAGACGUUAUAAAUGCUGCUGCGAAACUGCAGGUCAUUGGGAGAGCUGGCACUGGUGUUGACAAUGUGGACGUUGAUGCUGCUACAAGGAAGGGAAUCCUGGUCAUGAACACACCCACUGGCAACAGCCUCAGUGCGGCAGAGCUGACCUGCGGAAUGAUCAUGAGCCUGGCCCGACAAAUCCCACAGGCAGCAGCUUCAAUGAAGGAGGGGAAAUGGGAUCGCAAAAAGUUCAUGGGAAUGGAGCUUCAAGGGAAGACCCUGGGUGUUCUAGGCCUGGGCAGAAUUGGAAGAGAAGUGGCUCUCCGGAUGCAGUCCUUUGGCAUGAAGACUAUUGGCUAUGACCCCAUCAUCACUCCUGCAGAGUCUGCUGCCUUCGGUGUUGAACAGCUUCCCUUGGAACAGAUAUGGCCACUGUGUGAUUUCAUCACAGUCCACACCCCACUCUUGCCUUCCACUACAGGGCUUCUGAAUGACUCCACUUUUGCCAAGUGCCGCCCUGGGGUCCAGGUGAUCAACUGUGCCCGAGGGGGCAUUGUGGAUGAGGGAGCCCUUCUGCGAGCCCUCCAGUCUGGCCAAUGUGGAGGGGCAGCGUUAGAUGUUUUCACAGAGGAGCCACCCAAGGACAAGGCCUUGGUGAACCAUCCCAAUGUAAUCAGCUGCCCUCACCUGGGUGCCAAUACCAGAGAAGCUCAGAGCCGUUGCGGCAAGGAGAUUGCCAUGCAGUUUGUGGACUUAGCCCAGGGCAAGGCACUCGUUGGCACUGUGAAUGGGCAAGCUCUCACCAGUGCAUAUGCACCCCAGACAAAGCCCUGGAUUGCACUGGCUAGAGCUCUGGGAACUCUGUUGCGUGCACUGACCCAACAAGCGAAUGGCAACGUGCAGGUUGUCACCCAUGGUCCGGCCUUGCAGAAGGCAAGCAGUUACCUGAGUCCUGCAGUGGCAGCGGGUCUUCUCAAAGGAACAGCACCGGAUGUGAACCUUGUGAACGGGCUCCUUCUGGCACAAGAAGCUGGACUGAAGAUCACCACCACUCACAAUGAGAAGGCAUCGGAGACAGAAGGAGGGCUGCUGCAGCUUGCUGCUGAGGGUACCCCACACACAGUGGUUGGCUCUGUGCAAGGCAGCAUUCCUGUCCUGCAUGAACUCAACGGCUCUGCUUUCAAGCCGUUUGUUCCCCUCACUGGCACACUGCUGUUCUACAGGUCCAAGGCCUCCAGUGCCAGCCUUUUAUCAACAGUCAUCGGGCUGCUGGAGAAGGCCAAAGUGGAGCUGCUGUCAUACCACCAUUCUAGUGCUGUGAAUGGACAAGCAUGGGAUGUCUUGAGCAUAUCUUCUCCUCUGCAAAACCUGCAGGAACUGAAGCAGCAUGUGACAGAUGUUAUUCAGGUUACACCUUAAAAUGUGGAAAACCUGCGAAUUUCCUUCAUGUCAAUGUUACACAUUCCAAUAAAGAGAAUUUGCAGAA